UAUAAAGACUUGAUAUAUCAUAUAAAAGCAAAACAUAUUUUAUCUAAUAAAAAUUAAAAAUAAGCUCAACGUGCAAGAUCCAGCCGAUCUGCUAUUCUGUAUCAAUUUGGCGACGAUAGAUUUUUGAUUCCUCAAAAAUCACCACCACCAUCCAUCCAUCUCCGACCCUAUUUUCGCCGCUUCCAUCCCCGCAACCGCCUUCUUCUCCUCUCAACAGAUCGAUUCUGACUGCUAUUCACAUCAGAGGGAUCUACAACGAUGGGGUUUCUACUUACAACCCUGAUUUUCGUUGUUAUUGGAAUCAUCGCGUCUCUUUGCGCUCGAAUCUGCUGCAACAAAGGGCCAUCUGCUAAUCUGUUCCACCUCACAUUGGUGAUCACUGCAACAGUAUGCUGUUGGAUGAUGUGGGCUAUUGUAUAUCUUGCACAGAUGAAUCCUCUCAUUGUCCCAAUUCUGAGUGAAAGUGAAUGAGGUUUUUUUAACCUCUUUGGUUUAUAAUUUUGUGAAUUAAGGAUUGAAUGGAAUAGGAAAUAUCAAUAAGCCACGCAUUCUUCUCGGGAUAUACAUUUGUUGUAAAUUAUGUUUGUAUUUUAUUUGAUUUUGAAAAGUGACUGAAUGUUUCUCUUAAUGAAAUAAGCGUCAAGCAAUUGAUUGUACUA